UCGGGGUCCCGCAGCCCCCGCCGCCGCCGCAGCUGCCGGUGAUGGCCAAGGAUGUCCUCGGAGGGGGAAGCCGAGGCGGCUGCUGAGAGCGGGCCGGGCAGCACCCCCGCGCCGGGGGCCGCCGCCGCCGAGCGGGAGGAGCAACGCCCCGUGAAACAGUCCCUGAGCGCUUGCAUGUGCCGAGAGUCCCACUGGAAAUGCCUCCUCCUCUCCAUCCUCAUGUAUGGCUGCCUGGGUGCCGUGGCCUGGUGUCAGCUGGCCAGAGUCACCAAGCUCAGCUUUGAUAGCUCCUUCAAGGGCAAGUCUAUGAUCUACCAUGACAGCCCGUGCUCGGACGGCUAUGUUUAUAUCCCGCUGGCCUUCCUCUCCAUGCUGUACGUGGUGUACCUGGUGGAGUGCUGGCACUGCCACGUCAAGAGGGAGCUGCAGUACAAGGCAGACGUGGACAGUGUGUACGAGUGCAUCAACCGCAUGCAGCAAGCCACUCCGUGCAUCUGGUGGAAGGCCAUCAGCUACCACUUCGUACGGCGAACCCGGCAGGUGACCCGGUACCGCAACGGCGAUGCCUACACCACCACGCAGGUCUACCACGAGAGGGUCAACACACACGUGGCUGAAGCUGAGUUUGACUACUCUCACUGUGGAUACAAGGACAUCUCCAAAGAGCUCCUGGGCUUGGAGAGCUAUACAGCCACCAAGCUGAGGUUCACCAAGUGCUUCAGCUUUGCCAACACUGAGUCUGAGAACUCUUACCUGACUCAGAGAGCUCAUUUCUUCACAGAGAUCGAGGGGCUAGAUGACUACAUGGAGGUGAGGGAAGGCAUGCAGCUCAAAAAUGUGGAUUUUAAAGAGCUUAUGAUGGCCUACGGAGACCCGGAUCACCUCCCAUGGUAUGUGUCCCAUUAUGCUUUCUGGGUGGCAGCUAUCCUGAUGAUCUCAUGGCCGCUCAGGGUACUCAUAGAGUAUCAGACUGCAUAUGUCCAUUACCACGUGGAGAAGCUGCUGGGCCUGGAGUACACGGCGCCCGUGGCGGUGGAGGAGCCCCUGUACCGGUACCGCAUGCCCCGGGACAGCACGCAGGACAGCACCGAGCUGGAGUGGCACAUCUGCACCAACCGGCAGCUGAUCCCCAGUUACUCGGAGGCCAUGCUCAUGGACCUGGCCAGCUCCCCGGCCUACAACAGCUACACGGUGUGUCGCUACGGCCAGACGGCCCACGGCUGUGAGCGCUGCAACCGCGCCUCCAGCACCUCCUCCAUCUUCUCACGCCACGCUUUCCACAGCUGCAGCGGCAACUCCCGCCUCUCCCUCAACACCAGCCGCUUCUCCCUCUGCCGCGUCCAUGGCUCCCACAGGACAGGCCUCUGGAGGAGCCGCAGCAGCAGCAUUGCAGAGCGGGGCUGCCAGGACGAGCAGUGCUGCUCCUACUCCAGCCAGCUGGCUGUCAACGAGAACCCCCCCACCUACCACGAUGCCCGCUUCUUCCCUGUCCUGAUUGUGCACAGGCCGGAGGGGCAGGACAGGCGGCAUUUCUAUGUCAGGCGCUCCUCCUGUCUAGAAACCUCUCUGUGACAGAACUCUGUGGUCACUUGGCUCCUCUGCUCUGGGACAGGGAUUGCAGAGAUGACACCCGUGGGGAGCCUGCAAGUGUCAGUCUCUACAGCAGGUCAGCAGGACAAGUUUCAGCUCUUCCCCCUGCCAUUGAAAGAGGACAUAGAGACUCUGACCAACACCUAACCUCAUUUCCAAGAUUUUCUCCCCCUCCACCUGGUCUCCCAUGUCUUCAUUCUCCAUUCCUCUCACUCUUCCACUCCUUAGCCUUCCCUUCCUCUGCUCCUUGAUUUCCUGCCUCUCCUCCCAUCCCACCCUCAUUCUUUUCUUUGCAUUUCAGUCACAGCAUUUGGUUGUUGUGGCUGCUGGAGGAUUUUAAAUGCUUGUGCUUUGCCAGUACAUUUGCCCUCCUGGAUGCUUUGCAAGGUAAGAACCUUAGAUAAAGCAAGGCACAAGGCACACAGCCAGCCAGAGUCAAGUCAGAAGGAGAAUUCAGAUCUGCAGGUGCUGAGUCACCUCCUGCAAACCCCAAACGAGGUGCUUUUAAAAAAAAUUAUUUUCCCCAGUCUUUUUUUCCUCUUCUUUUGUCAUUCCUUCUGUCCUUUAUUCAUGCUCUUCUCCUCUCUCUUUAUCCUCAUCUUCCAUUUUUUUCAGUUCUUUCACUUCUGCUUUACAGUUCUUCUGGGGUUUUGCCAGUGAGGAUAUCUUUCGGGGUGUAAUUAUCUUCCAUUGGGCAAAAGUAAGGUUUUCAUGGCACAAAUGUCACUGACUGCUCACACAGCCACAAAUGAAGCCCCUGAGAAGUGCUGAGGGCUUCUUUCAGGAGCAGUGUUGUACACCGAUAUAGCAAAAUGCCCUUUGCUCACACUGCCCUGCCUGGUCUGCAGCAGAGACGCUGCUGCAUUUCCAGCUGUAGUUUACCUUGUCCAGCUCCACCCCUGAUAGCAAUCAGCGAGAGCCAUAAUGUAGAUUAGUGCCCUGUUAGUGCCACUAUUUUUAGGACAGUAGGCCUGGUUUGUGGUUGUUUCAUUCCUUCGACUUGAGUGCAGCAGCACAGGCUUGACAAGGGGAGAGGGGCUGGAGAGGGAAAGGUAAAUAUGGUAUUAACCCUCCCACAGAGAGUCUGGAGCUGUUAGGAAGCUCUUCCACCCACAGUGUCUAUUACAGCAGUUGUAGGACUGCCUACAUUACCUUUCAGCUUUCUGUGUGCCCUGAGGAGGGCUUUUGGUCUGCAGCCCACUUCACCUUCCCAGGUGAGAUGUGGUGCCACCCCAGCCCCAGGCAGAGAGCACAGCUGAGAGCCAGCCCCACUGGCCACUCCUGCUGGGGCUCCAAGCUCUUCCUGCAAGGCUUCCCCUGCAGCAGGUGUAGCACCUUCCAGAACUAGUGCCAGCCUCUCCAAAUCCACAAGGUGUCUGGUGCUGACAGAGUGUGUCACUGCACUCUGGGCUGUGGGCUCUGCCCCCUGGCCUGGCCCCCUCCAAGCCAGGGGCUGCUCUGAGAACCUUGUGGGC